AUUCCUCUGGACCAAUCAUGCAACUAUGUUUGUGUAUCGGGAUGAAAGAGGAGCUUCUGGGUCUUUUUCCUGAUGCUUUUAAUAUGGGGUCAUUGAAAAUCCAAAAAUUUUAUAGCCCACUAUAAAACAGCUCUUUAUCUUUUCUCCCAACUCAUUCUGUGGUGUCACACUUAACCAAACUAGGAAACUACAGAUAACAGAAGUGUUUGCAGAUUAGGCAACAGCCAAUAAAUAAGAUCAAUUUUCCAUGCCAGCCAGAAUAAAGAUUCCUUAUCAUUGUUUAAACCUUUUGCUCUUUGUGAUGCCUGUGAAUAUUUUAACACAAGGAAGUUAAGAGAUUGUCUUUUCUGUUCCCUCUCUUUUAAACAAAAGUAAAACACGCAUCUGUAUUACCUUUUUAUCAGUUGUUAUGGUAUAAAAGAGCACAUGGCGCCUAAAUUCAUGCUGCAGCUCACAUUUAAGCUGGUGCUGCUCGGGAAGGUGCUAUUUAGGAAAAUGCAGCUGUUUUGCCUUUUACUCCUCUUGUUUUAUCUUUGCAGAGCUCAAACCCCCACAUGCCCGCGAAAAUGCCACUGUGACUUGGCGGGGAGAGUGCAGUGCUAUAGAGUUGGAGAAGUGCCUAAAGAGAUUGCUAAAACUACCAGGGGAAUUUACAUCAGCCAUGGCAAGAUCAAACACCUCCAGGUAACUGACAUCAGCAGAAUGUCUGCCCUUGAAGAAUUUGUCCUGACCUGGAGUGGGACAGAAUCAGUGGAGAAUAACACUUUCAAAGCUCUGGGUGCAUUGAGGACCUUGGAACUUCGGAAAAAUAAACUAAGGCACAUACCUACCUUGCUCCCAGGAAGCCUUGAAGUACUGAAGCUGGGGGACAAUUUAAUAAGUUUUGUACAUGAAUCUGAUUUUGAAGGUUUACAAAAAUUAAGGGUACUUGAAAUACAAAGCAAUGUGAUUUUGUCUCUUUCUUUUAGUACUCUCUCCUCCCUCAGCAGCUUACAGAGUUUGACUUUGGAUGGAAAUAAUAUGGAAUAUGUGUCUGGAACCUUCUACCUACCCAAUCUAAAGUAUCUUAGCAUGGAAAACAAUAAGCUGCAAUCUUUCUCAGGAGGAUUUUUUAUAUCUCUUUGCAACUUGUUAUUUCUCAAUUUAAAUGGCAAUUUACUGACAAGCACCCCUUCAGAUCUGCCUACAUCUUUAUUGACAUUGAAGUUAGAGAGAAACAAGCUCAAAAUGCUAAAAUUUGGAGAUAUGAAGCAAAUGGCAAACUUGUCAGAGCUUUUCCUGUCUGAAAAUGAGCUUACAUCACUUGAGGGUGCAGAGUUUCUUUCCAGUUUAACUAGACUGGAGCUGUCUGGGAACAAGCUCCAGAUAAUCCCAUUCAGAUUACCAGUAACGCUACAGAAAUUUGACUGCAGCAAUAACCUGAUUGAGAGAAUAAAGGCGCAAGAUUUCCAGGAGCUACAUAGCCUAAAGCACUUGUUCCUUGACAACAAUGUUGUUGCCACAUUUGAAGAUGGGGCACUUCAGAACUGCACGCAACUGUCUAAUCUGGCACUUGAACAAAAUCUACUUAGUUCUAUUCCAUUAAGACUCCCACGUACACUAGCCAGACUGGAUCUGAAAGGAAACAGCAUACAAAGAAUUAAGGAGCAGGAAUUGAAGAAUUUAAGGCACCUGCAGGUUUUAAAUCUACGGAACAACAAUAUAUCCACCAUAGAUCACAGUCUCUUGAAAUAUUUACCUCGACUCAGAUACCUAUAUCUGGAUAGCAACCCAUGGAAUUGCACUUGCGAAUUCCUCAAAACCAGAAGGGUGCUCACAGCCAAAGGCAUAGAUGUUAAAGGAGGACAAUGUAAAGCACCAGCAGAAAGCCAGGGUGAAAGCUGGAUGUCUUCAAGAAAGAUUCUGCAUUUGUGUGCACACAACAAUCUGUUUUCAUUAGAAGAAGGAGAAGAAAUAGGAAAGAACACAAGUGUUGAUAAUGCCUCCAGUCUCAGAGUAAACAUGGAUGAUUAUUAUGAUUAUGAAAUAUAUUAAACAGAAGUCUCCAAUAAAUUGCUGUGCUAAGCCUCCCACGAACUCCAGAUUAAUUUGGUCCUCCUCUCCAGAGCAAUCUAUCCCUGACAUUUUUUCAUUUUGACCUACAAAAUUGUAUGUAGUCAGCAGCUUCUAAACCUAUUGAAAUCAUUAGCUGUACCCAGGAUUGAAGUGGUAAGACUGGGCUGUUGCAUUCUUCCUGUUUCCAAAUGGAAUGGGAAUGAGAC